GGCGGCAGAGAGGCAACAGAACACGGAACAAGACAAGACUGGAAGAAAUGAGCCUCCAGGUUUGCCAGUGCUGCGGCUGGUCCAAAGUGACGUCCUACCACGGCCUGAGAACUCACCAGGGCAUGAACGGAUGCACGCCCAAGGGUCUGAGGAUGGCCGAGUCGGACCAGCAGCACAUGUGGCUGUUUGUGGGAGCGUCAAGCACUCAAGCAGACAUCAAGCUGGAUGUCCGCACCUCCAUCAAGACUGACACAGCAGAAUACUAUUCAGACUUGAGCCUCCAGGUUUGUCACUGCGGAUGGACAAAAAUGACGACUUAUCAGGGCCUGAGAAUUCAUCAGGGGAAGAAGGGAUGCACAGCGAAGGGAGGGAAGGUCCCAAAGAAAGAGCAGUACGACUGGAACAAUCCGUACGAAGCAGAGGUGGAUCACAGAAAACAUGUGCCAGCUGAGAGAGUCGUCAUCAAGAAGGAGAAUUUGCCACCGAGGAGGAGCAGCAGCAGCGUCUCAGCAGCCACCACAGUCAAGCAGGAAGACAUGUCACCUUCUGCACGACGCUCCUCCCAGAGAGCCCUGAAGUCAAGCCAGCGGCGGCAGCAGAUCUCCAGCCUCCUGCAGGUGAACAGGCCAGUGAGGGAGCAUCCAGCAUCGACGGUAGGACACUGGAGCAUCGACGGCUACACUGACUAUACAGCAAGACCAGUCAAGGAGGAGCCCAAAUCACCAUUUGCAGCUCCACAACAGUCUCUCCAAAGAACCACGAGGCAGCUGCAGGAUUUCCCUACAGAUGUGCAGAUGACUAGAAACAUCAGGGAACCUCCAACCCUGGUACCAGCAGUCCGGCCUAAGCAGAAUCACAAGGAGGGUCAAACAUCGUCACAGGUGAGGGAGCAUCCAGCACCAACAGACCUGGGAGAUGUAGUCCGACCUAAAGAGAAAAAACUACAGAAUCAAACAUUCUCACGGAAUACAGACAGUCGAGCAGUGGACGAAUACUGGAGCCUUAAAAGCUGCAUCGACAAUGAAACCACAGCGGCUGCACUCAGGGAGAAGCCCAGAUUACCUUCACAACCAUCUUUCCAAAGAGUCACAAAGUCUGGACACAAGCUGCAGGAUUUCUCCAAUGAUGAGCAGAUGACUAGAAAUCUCAAAGAACCUCCAAAUGCUCCACCCCUUGUACCAACAGUUCAACCUCCUGAGAACAAGAAGACAGAGACACAGGUGAACGGAUCAGUCAGGGAGCAUCCAAAAACUCCACCUCCGGUCCUGCCUAAGAAGAAGGAAACACAAGAGAGAUUUAAAUCUGAAUUCCAGCGAAAACUUCACAUGAAAGAGGACAAACUAAAUGACACCAGACCAGCGGAGCCCAUCUGUGAGAGUGUCGAAGAUGCAACAGGUGCCAACAACCAAUCAGCUCCUGCAGCAGCAGAAGUCUCAGCAAAGAAAGAGCCGACAUCAUCGGAUGAUGCUGCACAGCCGGAUUUCUCCUCUGGCAUGAAGGUGAAGGAACUGGCCCGCAUGUUUUCAGCUACCACAGACCAGGAAGCAAAGAACAAAGGACAGGAACAAAAAACCCCACAGGCGAAGCCACUGGCUCCAAAGUUUUCAGUCUUUGCUGAGACAGACGCAGCAGUUCAACCAAAGGAGAAAGACAAGGAAGUAGUGUCACAGAACAAGAGCAUCAACUCUGCAACAGCAGCCGCCGUCACAGAGGAGCCCAAACCAUCGACGCAAAGCGCUUUGAAAAAAGCCACAAACUUACAAGGAGACCUUCAGCUGCAGGUGAAUGGAUCAGUCAAGGAGCCAAAAACUCCACCUCCAGUCCUGCCUAAGAAGAAGGACUCGCUCACUUUCAAAGCGAAGCAAGAGAGAUUUAAAUCUGAACCACAGCAAAAACUUCACCUGAGGGAAGGAAGGAUGAGUGAAACCAGACCAGCAGAGACAGUCUGUGAGAAAGUUGCAGAUCCAGCAAGUACCAACACCCAAGCAUCAGCAAAGGAGCCUCCAACAUCAUCUGCACAGCCGGAUUUCUCCUCUGGCAUGAAGGUGAAGGAACUGAAGCAGCGGUUCAACCAAAGGAGAAAGACAAGGAGGAAGUAA